UUUUAGCUGUCUGUUAUCAAACUGUUCUUUAAUUAAAUAUAUACAAAGUAUAACCAACCAAAGAUUUGCAUAAAAAUAUAUCUGCAAUUUAUCUCAUAAUACCACGGAGCAAUUGGUCCUUGGUUGGCCUUUAAGACCACAGACUUUGCUUUUGUUUAGUCUUCAACUCUCUCUCUCUCUCUCUCUCUCUCUCUCUCUCUCUCUCUCUCUCUCUUCCCAUUAGACAGAAACAACCUUAACCUUUGCAGAGAGGCUUCAAAGCUGUCUAUAUAAACCGAAAUCUUGAACCAGGUUGAGGGGCAAAGGCUCUGAAAGAAACACAACAUCCAAAGAACACUCGAAACAAAAACCAAUGUCCUUCAAGAGGUUUUGUUGGAAAGCAUGUCUUCCCAUAAACUGCAUCAAGAACAACAACAACAACAACCCAUCAAAGGAAAGGCUUCUGUAUUCGAAACAAGAUUCACUUCGAAGCCGAAUAGCAGUCUCUGAUGUCAGCAACUCGUCUAUCUCUCUCAGCGACUUGUCGUCUUCUUUCCUCAUAGACCUUCACAUUUUCACCUACAAGGAACUCGAGACCAUCACACAGAGCUUCUCAAAGUCUAAUUACCUCGGGGAAGGUGGGUUCGGGGAAGUGUACAAAGGUUUCGUCGAUGAUAGCCUCAGGACCGGCUUGAAGGCUCAGCCUGUUGCUGUUAAGGCUUUGAAACCAGAUGGUGGACAAGGCCAUAGAGAGUGGCUGGCGGAAGUUAUCAUCUUGGGUCAAUUGAAGCAUCCCCAUCUGGUGAACUUGAUCGGAUACUGCUGUGAGGAUGAACACAGGCUUCUAGUUUACGAAUAUAUGGAACGAGGCAACCUGGAGGACCAUUUAUUUCAAAGAUAUUCAGGAACUCUGCCUUGGUUAACCAGAAUGAAGAUUCUGUUGGGUGCAGCAAAAGGCCUUGCCUUCCUUCAUGAAGAACAAAGCCCUGUCAUUUACAGAGAUUUUAAGCCUUCCAACAUACUCUUAACCUCGGACUUUAGGUCUAAGCUCUCUGAUUUCGGACUAGCAACCGAUGGAUCAGAGGGAGGAGAACCAAAUGUAACAAGGGUCAUGGGUACAGAGGGAUACGCAGCUCCAGAAUACAUAUCAACAGGUCACUUGACAACAAUGAGUGAUGUGUUCAGUUUCGGGGUCGUGCUGUUAGAACUGUUAACAGGAAGAAAUGCGGUGGAAAAGUAUCGGUCACAAAGAGGGAGGAAUCUAGUGGAAUGGGCGAGACCCAUGUUAAAAGAUCACACCAAGCUCGAAGGGAUAAUAGACCCAGGGCUUGAAGGGCGUUACUCGGUGGAAGGGGUGAGAAAGGCAGCUGCUUUGGCAUAUCAGUGCCUCAACCACAACCCCAAGUCACGACCCACGAUGAAGACCGUGGUCAAGACCCUGGAGCCUCUCCUUGACCUCAAAGACAUCCAAAACGGGCCAUUUGUGUAUAUUGUUCCAGUGGAACGUGCAAAGGAGGGGCAUGACACUAAAUGUGGGGACGAGGUGAAAGCCGGGAAUAAUGGGGAAGAAAACAAGGAGGAAAAGAAAGCAAAUAUUUGCCAACGACAUAGAAGAGGUCGGAAGAACAGACGUAGGAACAAGGCAAUGAGGUCUCGUGCCGUAUAUUCAGACACUGCUCUGUACAAGAGCCUAGGAACCAGUUUGUACUCCCCGAUCAAGUAGAUUCAUUUAUUGUUUUGUUUAUGGUUUGUUUGUGUAUCCAACAGGCUUAGAUGUUAGGAAACAAUACAAGAAGUCAUGUUAGAUACAGGAAAGUUCUAUAGGAUUUUCAUGUAAUACAAAAAUGUCAAGUCACAAACGACUUUCAAUCUCGAAACAGAGAAGUAGCUUAGGAAGUGGGCUACAUAGAAAUUUGGCAGUCAAUUUCAAGAUUUGUAACCACAGAUGUUAAAUCUGAAUGCAACGAAUGUGUUUUCGAAAGGGACAUAUUUACUGGAUUCAUUCACCAGAAGAUUCUAACAUCAACAUCUAAAUUGACUGCAGUUUCACCAUCCAAGAAUUUCAGUAUUUCAUAACAGGUAAAUAUAUGUUAGAUAUUAUCUAGUCAAUGUUGAAGAAUCUGAGUGAAUACGCAACAAAUUCCAAGUCAAGACAAAAAAGGUUUGCAAUGAAGACAGA